AUGGAGAGGAUCAUCGGCGGCAAGUUUAAGAUUGGUCGGAAAAUCGGAAGCGGUUCAUUUGGACAAAUUUAUAUUGCCUCAAAUAUCGACACCUCGGAGAUUGUUGCGAUCAAGAUGGAAAGCAAGAAGACCAAACAUCCACAACUAUUGUAUGAAGCAAAGUUAUAUAGUAUUCUUCAAGGAGAUAGUGGUGUUCCGAGUCUGAAGUGGUGCGGUACUGAUGGAGACAAUAAUGUUCUAGUUAUUGAUCUUCUGGGACGGAGUCUUGAAGACUUGUUUGUCUAUUGUGGGAGGAAGUUUUCAUUAAAAACAGUUUUAAUGUUGGCCGAUCAGAUGCUGACAAGAAUAGAGUACCUGCAUUCCAAGGGAUUUUUGCAUAGAGACAUCAAACCAGAUAACUUCCUUAUGGGUCUUGGGAAGAAAUCAAAUCAGGUUUAUAUUAUUGAUUUCGGACUAGCAAAAAGAUACAGGGAUCCAAACACAAACAAGCAUAUUCCUUACAGAUCUAGCAGUGUCCUAUGUUAUAAGAUGCUCUGCAAGUCGUAUCCUGUGGAGUUUGCUACAUACUUUCAUUAUUGCCAAUCCUUGACAUUUGAUCAACACCCAGAUUAUGGAUACUUGAAGCGCCUGUUUCGUGAUUUGUUCAAACAAAAUGGUAUUGGCUGUUUGUUUUAUCGUAUUUUUGAAAAUGACAAUUCUCAUAUUCGUUGA